CAUCAAGCACCCAGCUCUCUCUCACGACAACGGCAGCGAGCACCUCCGUACUUAUAGAUUAAUUGCUUCCCAUCCCUCCCUUGCACACUCGAGUUCCCUCCAACAAUUCGGAAGAAGUGAUCACGCCAUCUGCGCAGCGCCUAGCUCGAAUCAUCUCGCCAACCGACCAGCUCCGCCAGAGGAAUCCAAGCUUCCUUCCAGAAACCAUGCCUUUCCUAGCCGCCGCCCUAAACGUCGUAGGCGCAAUAUUCCUCGCACACGCCAUCUUCUCAACCCACGAACACACCUCCCUGCACCCCCUCUCCCCUCUCCCCCGGGACAUCCCCCUCGAACUCCUCCUCUCCCUGGCCCUCCUAACAACCGGCAUCGUCCUCUCCUCCCCGCCUUUAAAACCCAUCCAAUGGUCGCACUGGGCGGGUAAGAUAUCGCGCGAGGGCCCCUCGAGGGAAGGGUACGUGACGAGGGAGGGGGAAGAGGUCUUGGGCGAUGUGGAUCCGUAUGCGUAUUUGGGGUUGGAGGCGGGGAGGGAGGGGAGGAGGGGGUUUUGGGGACCGAGGGAGGCGAGGGAGAGGUUUUUGGGGUGGGUUAAGGAGGGGGGGGAAGGCGUGAGGUUGAGGCUGGGGAGUUUGUGGUGUGAAUAUACGUGACAGAGGGGCUUUCCGGGUUGAGCUGCGAGGGGUUACGGUACUGGAGCGUUCCCUGGUGGUUUUGCGGAGGGAUAGCUGUGGACCUUGGGUUAGGUGGUGAACAUUGGCUGUGCGGCUGGGAUAUGAUAUGGAGGUUCGCGGUGUAUGGAUGGGCAAGCCUUCCGCCUCGAGAUGUGGAGGUGCCGACUAUCAUGAUGGCUUCGCUGGUAUCAUACAUAUCGUACAUAUUGUACAGAGCCAUGCGAACAGCGUCCCCCUAAUAUUAUGUCCGCCUGGAAAUCCACGCUAACAGCGUCCCCCUAAUAUUAUCUCCGCCUGGAAAUCCACCCCUAU